UUGGAGCCUGCCAGAGGAGUACACAUGAUCUGGACUGAGAAAUAACUAACCUUGGAUGGGAUUUAAAGGGCAGGUAAUAGUUGUGGGUUUAGGUCAAAAGCUGUUUCAGUUUCAAAGGUCGAUAAUUAAUGUGGUAGGGAAUCUCAAGCUAGACUGACUUUUGCAAUUCUAUAAGGUAUGGGAAAUGUCAGAAGUUUCAUAGCCACCAGGAUAGCUUCUACUUGAAGCUAAGAAAUUAUAUUGUCUGAGUAUCUGGAUUCUGUGAUACAAACCAGUUUCUAAGGAACUUGAUACAUUUUACAAGUCUAUGACUGUUUAUAGAGUUGUAUGGGCCAGACUUUGAGUCCCAAGGUCAAGGUAUGAGCUGAAAACAGGCUUCAUUAGUUUGCUCUUGGCAUUGACGUGGAACUUUUAUCAGCUUUUUCUGAUACUGCUUAUGCUGGGGAGGCAAGGUCUAGGAGAAACAAUGUGUUUCUGUUGAUGAUAAAAGUGAGUCCUUGGUUACAUUGUGUUGUCGUCAGAAGAGGUGCAUCACUGAAGUUCAAGAGUUAGCAGGUAAGCUGUAUUUUAGGGACAUGGUGAUUUAAGAAUGUAGAGAUGAGAGGUUGACAAGUCAUCAGGUAUCUCAAGUGCUGAUGUUCAAAGUAGGAUGUCCAUAAAUCCUUCACCGCAUUGUAGACAGGGGAUCUGUCAAUGGUGUCAUUGCAACCAAAUGCAAAAGUGAAAUGAACGUGGAACUGCCUAUAGGGUGGGGAAUCCUGAUUGCUCCCUUCCAGCCUGGCAUCUACAAACAGGGCUUCCCAUAUAAAGGAAAUGAAGAUGGGGAGACAGUUAUUGUUGAAAAAGACCAUUUUAUGGAUGACUUUUUCCAACAGGUUGAGGAACUUAGAAAUAAUAUAGCAAAAAUAGCACAAAAUGUGGAAGAAGUGAAGAAGCAGCACAGCAUUAUCCUGUCAGCACCAAAUCCUGAAGGAAGAACAAAAGAAGAACUUGAAGAAUUAAAUGAGGAAAUAAAGAAGAUUGCUAAUAAAGUCCGAGCCAGGUUAAAGGCUAUUGAGCAGACUUUUGAUCAGGGCGAAAAUGCUAAUCGGACAUCAGUGGACCUCAGGAUAAGAAAAACACAGCACUCUGUAUUGGCUCACAAGUUUGUGGAGGUCAUGAUGGAAUACAACGAGACGCAAACUCUCUUUCGAGAACGCAGCAAAGGUCGGAUACAGAGGCAGUUGGAGAUAACUGGAAAGACCACCACUGAUGAGGAGCUGGAAGAAAUGUUAGAGAGCGGUAAUCCUUCAAUUUUCACUUCAGAUAUUAUAUCAGACUCUCAGAUCACUAGGCAAGCUCUGAAUGAAAUUGAGUCGCGUCACAAGGAUAUCAUGAAACUGGAAUCCAGCAUACGGGAACUACAUGAAAUGUUUAUGGACAUGGCAACAUUUGUUGAGACUCAGGGUGAAAUGAUCAACAACAUAGAGAAGAACGUGAUGAAUGCAUCAGAUUACGUGGAACAUGCAAAAGAAGAGACAAAAAAGGCAGUUAAAUAUCGAAGUAAAGCACGAAGGAAAAUGUGGAUAAUUGUCAUUGUGUCAUUGGUGUUGAUUGCUGUAGUUGCUCUAAUUAUUGAAACUGAUGUUCAUCAUUAUCUGUGUUACUGUACUGCUUCUGAUACUUGGAAUUAUCCUAGCGACAACACUAUCCUAGCAAGCACAUUCCAAGAGUUAUGAACCUUCAGAAACUCCAAAAUACAUCUUCUGUAAAACCAAACCUGUUUUAAUAAGUGAUGCCUUACACUGUUCCAUGAUGAUGACCUAUCACUAAUGGUUAAAAAUCUAAACAAAGUUGCUCUUAUUGUUUACUUAUAAAUGAAUACGAGAAUGUAUUAGGAUAUGGAUGGAUUUGCAUCAUAAACUCUAUAAGACUGAAACUUCUCUUAAUUGUUUUGAACUAAAGUAAAUUAGAAUUUUUUUUCUUAUCUCAGUGUUACAAACAGUUUAAAUAGGGAGUUGAGAGACUUUAGAGUUUUGACUGUUUGGAGCUUUUUCCUAUUGCAAAUCUGAUUCGAAUCAUGAAAUGUAGUACCAUACCCAUUCUGCUUUUGUUAGCACUCGUGUGAACAUUUUUGACAUGUAGCCUUGUCUGUAAGUAUAAUUAUUUAGUCACCUAUCUAAGCUUUAUACUUGAAUUUUUUUUUCCCAACAAGUGCUAAAGUAUUUUAGCCUGAAAAGACUCCUUAUUUAACUGUCUGCCUAUUGCAGUCCACUUGAGAAGGAAAAAAACAAAAGCCUUUUUUACAUUUCCAGGCUUUUUGGUUUUUUUCUUCAAUUUCAAACUUUAAUUGCUUUAAAUGUUUCGUUGCCUUUGUAAUAAAAUGUUAGUUGCAACAUUUCUGGUAAAAGAAUGCAAUAAUGAAGCACAUUAAAUUUGAACCUUAGCAGAUAAUUUUACAAAUAACCCUUGUUCAAACACAAAUAACCCUGAUGGAUCAGUUUAGCCUUACUAUUAAUGUGACAAAAAUCAUAUUUUCUCUAUAAAGCCAAGUCACAAUUUCUUAUUCAGAAGCUUGCUAAUGUUGAUGUGUGAGUAUAGCACAUAAACUCCUUCAGGAAAGUCUGAAACAUAAUAAAAACUAAGACACUGAUCUGUUAUGAAAUUAGUCUUAACAUGUAUGAAGUGUUUUAGUGUAUACACACCCGUUGUACUGCUAGUUUGCAACACUUACAGGCUUGAAAGAUUUCAAACGUAACUAAAUAACUGCAUUUAAUGUUACAAGUUAUUUUUGUACUUUGUGUGUAAAAUAUUUGUAACUUGACUUUUUGACUUUUCAUUGUUGAAGCAUAUCUAUGUAGAUAUGUAGAUAUAUUUACACUGUGAGAGAAUUAGAGGGAAGUAUAAUGUGUGCCUUUUAAAUACAGUCUAAAAAUACACUUGUCAAUGUUUCAAAUAAUUAUAAUGUUAACUGCAAUGACUCCUUAAACUCAUGUUUUGUUGAAGGUGUCCAAGAUGGAAGUUACUCAGUCAACUGUAAGUCAGUCUGUGGACUUCAUUAAAUUCAGCAAAGUUUACAGUGAA